UGGGUGUGAGUGUGUGUGUGAGUGUGUAUGAAGUGUAAAAGCGAACGUCGCAGGAGAUGAGCCCAUUCCUGCCAGCACGGACACGACACGUCGAGCAGUGACACGCACCGAGCUCCAGCUGUCCUCCUCCAGCCUGGACUCCGUCAGGUGACCCAGCACCUCCAUCAUGUCUUCCUCUUUGAUGAAACCCAAGAAGUCCAAGACCACCACUUUGACGGACUCCAAACCCACAGGGACCACCCCUACAGAGCUGGCUGUUCUGAUUGAGAAGCUGCAGAAGAAUGCUGAUAAGGUGGAGAAGAACAUCUAUGACACUGAGCAGAACCUCAACAAGGAUGUGAGUAAGAUCAAUGAGGGGAAGCAGACUCUCUAUCAGGAAGACACCAACAAGAGGAUCCUCAAUUCUCUGGAUUUGCUCAACUUCCUGGACGAGGAUGCUGCUAACGCCAAGCGCCUCCAGCAUCCUCAAGCUGAGAUGAUCCAGCAGGACAUGAUUCAGCUGCGUGAGAGAGUGAUGAAACUGAAAGAGGACCAUGAGCGUAUCUACCACCUGAGCCGCACUGAAGGGAAGCCCACUGUGAACUGGGCCAACAUCAUGGAUGAGAAACUGGAGAGCCUGGACAACAAAGGCUUUGGCCAGGACCUACCCACGGUGGAAUGUGAAGUGGAGGAGCACAACAUCUUCCACAGCGAGGUGGAGGCUCUGGCUCCUCAUAUCGCCACCGGUGGAGACAAGGAGUACAUCAGCAGCCUCCAGACGAAGUACAGCAAACUGCUGGCCAGCUCUGCAGCUCGUCAGCGCCACCUGCUGAGCCUGCGGGACUACAUGCAGCACUGCACCAACGAGCUCUACUGGAUGGACCAGCAGGCCAACGAGAGGAUCAGCUACGACUGGAGUGACACCAACCUGGACUACCCCGCCCGCCAGAGGCAGUACGAGAACUUCAUCAGUAAGUGUCUGGAGUCCAAAGAGGCCACCGUCACCAAGCUGAACGACGAUGGACAGAGUCUGAUCGCUGCAGACCACCCUGGGAAGAAUGUGAUCGAGGCCCACAUGGAGGCGGUCCAUGCAGACUGGAAGGAGUACCUGAACCUGCUCAUCUGUGAAGAGAACCACCUGAAGCACAUGGAUGAAUACCACAAGUACCACAAGGAGGCCCGCGACACCCAGGACCUGUUGAAGCGCCUGGACACAGAGGUGACCCAGAAGUACAACCCAGAGUUCAAAGAUGUUUAUCAGAUGGAGAGCCUGAUUGGAGACCUGAAUGACCAAGCCAAGGCUGUUGAAUACUUUGAUGAACGGGUCAAGAACCUUCAGAACAACAGUUUGCAGGUCUUGCCCUUGAAGUACCGCAGGGAAACCCCUCAGAAGCUGCUGCCGGUUGAAGCGCUGUGUGAGUUUGACAACGAUGAGUGUCAGAUCGUUCGUGGUGAGAGGUACACCCUGCUUCGAAACAACGGCGCCAAAUGGGACGUGAAGGAUGGCACCGGCCGUAAACACACUGCCCCAGGCAUCUGCUUCAUGAUUCCACCCACUGACCCAGAGGCAGUCAUCAUCUCUGACAACUUGGCAAGCCAACUGAAAGCUCUGAAACAGAAGAUGGCGAGCAGCAAGGCCACGUUGCAGAAACGCCACGACGCCCUGAAGAUGGAGGGUGGGGGCGGCACAGCCACAGACAAGCAGGAGCAGCAGUGCCGCCAGCAGAUGGCCGGUCUGGAUAAAGUCAUUGGAGAUCUGGACAAACAGGAGAAAGCCAUUUACAGUCGAGUCCGCCCCCCGCUGGAGCAGAACCGGCCACUGCAGGACAGCGCUGACCGCCUGCAGGACCUCAGGGACAUUGCUGCAGCCGUCAGUAAGAUUGAACCAGAGAAGUCGAUGAAAGUGCAGGAAGCUAAGAGCUUCCUGGUGUCGAACCCGAACUGUGCCAGCGCUCCUCAGCUUCACAGCAAGGUGGAUGAAGCUAAUAAGAAAUACGUGAAGAUCGAGCAGCUUCUCUCCUGCUCCCAGGACAAGAUGAAGAACUCCAACCAGCUGGAGAUGUCUCUGCAGCAUGGGAAGACCUUACUGUCCACCUACGAGAACAAGCUGGCACGGGAGGAGGUGGCUCCUGCUGACCUCAGCUCACUGGACAAAGCACUGCGAGAGCUCGGAGACAUUGGAUCAGACCUGAGGUCCCAGAAGUCAGUGAUCACAGAGACGGAGCAGAAUCUGCGCCUGGCCAGGGGCAGCUGCGACGACAUGGCCAUUAAGUUACAGGAGCACUGUCCUGACAUCGAACGGCAGGAAGCUGAUGUUCAGAAGCUCAGCAAGCGCUACAACAACCUGAUCAGGCAGACGGAAAACAGGUCUCAAAGCCUACAGAGAGCCAAAAUGGCUCACAAGAAUUACCGCAAUGAUUAUGACAAUCUGAACAGCUGGCUGUCUCGUGUCCCCAAUUACGAGCCCCGUGAAACUGAUGACAUGAGACAAGUGGAGACUAAGCUGAAGAACCAGAGGAACCUGCUCUCUGACAUCGCGAGGAAGGAGUCUGAUCUGAACAACGUCUCUAAAAAUGCUCAUCUUUACCAGCAAGCAGUCAAAGACUACGAGAAUGAAACAGAGAAGUUCCGGUCUAUUCUGGACCUGGAGGAUGGACUCGUACCUCAGACCUACAAGAGAAGCCGCCUGGAGUCCCCAGCACUGGUGGUCAAAGCAGAGGAAGCUGCCAUCGAAGCAAAGUUUACAGAAGUGAAUGCUGUGAAUAAACAACGGCUGCAGAAUCUUGAGUUUGCCCAAAAUCUCCUCAGCCAGCAACCCGAGAUCAAUGUUAUACAGUCCACCAGCCUGAUGUCGGUCCAUGCUGCCGCCCCUGGAGGGGAGCCGUGGAGGAUCAGGAAGCAGCUGGAAGAUGAGAUCCAGAGAAGGGAGCAGCUAGAAAAAGAAAUUGAGACUAUUCAGACUGACAUUUAUGUUCUGGAAGGACAAAAGCCUCAAGAUACAAUUGUGAAAAAAGAGCACAUUAAAAAGGUUCCAGACCCACAGCUGGACGAGGAGGUGCACAAGGUUCAGCAGAAGCUCUCAGAGGAGCGUCGCACCACUCAUGUACUGGAGAAUGAUCUGGAGAGUCUCAAGCUGAAACUGCGAGGUCUCGAGACCGAGGUGAAAGAAGGAGCUCAGCAGUACACCGUCAAGGAGGUGUUGCGUAUUGAAAGAGACCGUGGUCAGGAGGAGGAAAUUCGAAAGCUUCGGGAUGAGCUGGAGGAGCUGCGGAGGCAGAAGAUGAUAAAAGACAAUGAGCUGAUUCUGAUCCAAAAGCAGGUAACUAUCCUGGCUGAGGAGAAAAACAAGGAACAGGAGGUGAUCACUGAAGAGGAAGUGAUCAAAGUCCAAAAUGACCCCCAGCUUGAAUCUGAGUACCGGGUGCUCCUUGACAGGAAGCAGAAGGAAAUGGACAACAGGAAGCAGUUGGAGGAUGAGCUGCAGUUCCUUCAGGAAAAACUCAGAAGGUUGGAGAAAGAGAAGUCAAUCGCAGAGGAGAAGAUUUCCAUUAAAGAGGUGCUGAAAGUAGAGAAAGAUGUUGCCUUUGAAAGAGAAGUAGAAAACCUGAGGAGGCAGUAUGAGGAUGAGAAGUCCAAAAGAAGAUCAUCACAGCGGGAGAGGGCUGACCUCCAGAGGAAGAUUCAGAGCUUAGAGGAAGAGAAGUCCAAGGUUGUAAUUCAGGAAAAAGUGCGCGAGAUCGUUCGCCCUGACCCCAAGGCUGAGAACGAAGUGGCCAACCUUCGUCUUGAACUCGUAGAACAGCAGAGACGCUACAGAGAUUCAGAUCUACAACUGAAAUCCCUGCAGGAUGAGCUGGUCAUGCUGAAGAACAGAGGACCUCAAGUGGAAAUCAAAGAAAUCAUCAAAGAAGUUAUCAAAUACAAGACCGAUCCGCAGACUGAAAGAGAACUGGAGAGACUCCGCAAUGAAAUUGUUGAUAAAACCCACCAGACCGAGAAAUCCGAGAUGGAGAUCCGUCAGCUUCGUGAUGAAAUUGACAGAUGGAGGGACACUAAACCCCAAGUACAGACCAAAGAGGUGGUCAAUGAAGUGGUGCAGUACCGAGAAGAUCCAAAAACCAAGGAGGAGAUUGAGACUCUGAAAAAGAAACUGGCUGACGAACAGAAAAAGCGCCUCGAUCUUGAGAGGGAACGGUCAUCCCAGGAGGAGAAGAUUAGACUGAAGAAGAUAGAUUUGUCUCAGGUUCGGGAAAAGAUCGUGCAACAAGAGGUUGUCAAAAUGGAAGAAGACCUUGUCCUCAAGUCAGAGUGCAACAACUUCCUGCAAAGCAUCAACAGUGAGCAAAAACAAAAAGACAACCUGAAAGCAGAACUCUUCCAACUGCAGAGACAGAUCGCUGACCUGGACCUGCAACUGGAGGAGCUGGAGCGUGAGCGCAGGGCCAGACGGGAUGCGGAGCUGGAGAUCCAAAGACUUCGGGUCAGACUCAAUGAGCUAGAGAUUCGUGACAAAGAGAACCGUGAGAAGGUGACUGUCAAACAGAAGGUAGUCCUGCAGCAGGAUCCUCAACAGGAGAAAGAACAUUCUAUCCUCAAACUGCAACUUGACGAGGAGCGCCAUAAACGUACCCUGCUUCAGAAAGAGUUGGACGCACUCAUUCAGCAACAGAUCACCUUGGAGAAGAUGGAUGUGAAGGAAAGGGUUGUCCGCACCGAGAAAGUUCAAGUGGAGAGAGAUCCAGAGGCUGAGAUUGAAAUUGAGAACCUAAGAAGAACUUUGGAAGAUGAGAAAAGGAGAAGACGUGAACUUGACCAGGAGUUGUCUGUCCUCACCUCCAAGCUUUCAGACAUGGAGUUCUCCAACACUAAGUCAACCAAAGAACUGGACUACAUCCGAGAUGAAAGCUACCGCCUACAACAAGAAAACCAAAGGCUGCAGAACGAGAUCCGCAAGCUGCGCUCUGAGAUUGAGAUCACUAGCAAAGAAACCCGACUUAUCACUGAGUCUGCACCGAGAGAGGAUGGGAAGAACCUGGAGCUGAGACUCGACUCACUUCAGAAGGAGCUGGCAGAUCUGCGAAGCAUAACGAUCCAGAAAGAAGAGGAGAUUGAGAAGCUUAAAAAGAACUUAUCAGCCGUGAGAAUGAAGAGAGAGCAAAGAGAAAGUCACCUCCGCAGGUCGAUUGUUGUCAUAGAUCCAGAUACCGGAAGAGAGAUGCGACCCGAAGAAGCGUACAAGCUGGGCUUGAUUGACUGGAAGAUGUUCGUCAACCUGCAGAGUCAAGAGUGUGACUGGGAGGAGAUCACAGUCAAAGGCCCCAGUGGAGAGUCUUCUGUGCUUCACGACAGAAAAUCUGGGAAGAAGUUUUCCAUUGACGAUGCGUUGCGUUCAGGGAACAUCACAAACAGCCAGCUUCAACAAUACUUAAAUAAAGAAAUAUCCAUUCAGGAGUUUGGUGUUCUGGUGUCGGGCAAGUCUUACUGAACGGCCUCACAUUUAACUUCUAAUCCCAUCAUAUCGUUCAAUUUAUUUGCAGAUCUCUGUCUUUCUUUGACUUAAAUUCAGUGGUGACUUGGCUUUAUUUUGUACUUAAGGUUCCAAAGUACUCUAUGUAUUUAUUUGCUUAUGUAUACUCAGUUCUGAAUGUAUACAAGGAUUGAUACUACAGUCACUGGAAGGUGCAAAAACAUGUUUUCAGGUUAUCUUUAAUUUCUUUGGUUGACAGUAAACCUUUAUUGUUUUAAUUUUGUUAAUUUUGCGGGUGUUUGUGUGUGGGGAGGGGGGACUAAGUGUUUGAUUUAUUUAUGGUGUUUUCCCUGGGUCAUUAAAUGUCUGUUCAAGCUUCAAUAAAAAAUCUAAUCAAGCUAAAAAAAA